AUGCCAGUACGCAACAUCACGAGCGAAGACGCGUUCGAUAAUCUUCUGGUGGAGAAUCGUGUGGCGGUUAUCGAAUUCUACUCCUCAACAUCAGGAUCGUGCAGAGCAAUUGCCUCCGUCUUUGCCCACUGCUCUGACUGGGAAAAAUUCCACGCCGUAUCUUUUUUCAGAGUCGACGCUGGCGAGCUGCCGCAGCUGUCCGAGCACCGCGGCGUGACUGCGAUGCCUACGUUCCAGCUCUACGUGGGCGGCGACAAGGUGGACGAGAUCAAGGGCUCGAACCAGACAGCGCUCGUUGGCCUGAUUGAGGCAGUACUGUAA